CCGGUGGGGGGCGGGACCUCCUAACUGUAACCCGCGCCCUCACGGGCACGACGCACGCACACGUCCCGGCGCACGCGACCCGGAAGUGUCAUUUUAUGGACGUCCUGAUGCUGAUGAUGCGAGGCCACGCCCCCGUCCCCUGCAGAUGACAUCACAGGUUUAGCCCCGCCCCGGUCGUCAUGGCGAUGAGGAGGAGGCUGUGCGUGCUGACGUUGGCCGCCGCCGUGUUGUUCCUCGUGCUCGCCACGCACAGCCACUUCCUGUCUCUCACCUCGCUCCCCCGCAGCCCGACGGCCGCCGCCGCCUCGCCCCAAGACUCUGGUUCCCAUCAUGCAUCUGUGCAGCCCGUGACCUCUGACCCCCGGACACGCCCCCCGCCCGACGCUUUGGAGCGGAAACAGGAGGCGGAGAAACGGUCGUGCGGUUGUGAUUCCUGCGUCUCUGACGUGUCGAGCUCCGAUUGGUUCAAACAAAGAUUCGACCCCGAGAAGCGACCAAUCCUGACGCAGAACCAGACCAUCGACCCCCAGGCCCUCAGCUGGUGGAUGUCUCUCCAGCGUUCGGGAAACGGCCGCUCUCUACAGGAAGUGAUAUCAGAGCUGUUUAAGGUCAUAGCCCCGCCCCCGGAGCCGCAGAAGCCCCGCCCCUCGCUAUGUCGGACCUGCGCCGUCGUCGGGAACUCGGGAAACCUCCGGAAUUCAGGCUACGGACGCCUUAUCGACUCUCACCAGUCUGUGCUCAGGAUGAACCGCGCUGUGACUUGGGGCUUUGAACGGGACGUGGGGAAUCGCACUACGCAUCACUUCCUGUACCCGGAGAGCGCCGUGGACCUGCCGCCUCGAGUCCACCUGGUCCUCGUGCCCUUCAAGAUCCGAGACCUGGAGUGGGUCCGGAGCGCCCUGACCACCGGGAACAUCACCAUGACCUACAUGCGGGUGAAGGACCGGGUCUCGGCGGAUCCAGACCGGGUUCUGGUCUUGAGUCCAGAAUUCUUCAGAUACGUCCACGAGCGCUGGACCCAGAACCACGGGCGCUACCCGUCCACCGGGCUCAUCGCCGUCAUCUACGCCCUGCACACCUGCGACCGGGUCUCGGUGUUCGGCUUCGGUGCAGACGGGCACGGGGAUUGGCAUCAUUACUGGGAGCAGAACCGUUUCGCCGGAGCGUUCCGGAAAACCGGAGUCCACAACGGAGAAUACGAGACGAGCAUCCUCCAGAGACUCAACCAGGACGGGAAAGUCCACCUGUACCCCGGACUAAACCAGGACUAAACUAGGACUGAACCAGGACUAAACCAGGACUAAACUAGGACUGAACCAGGACUAAACCAGGACUAGACCAGGACUAGACCAGGACUAGACCAGGACUAAAACAGGGGGUCUGCUGCCUGUUCCGACAUCCCUUCAUUCCGACAUGUCUCUAUUUAGACUUUUUUUUUUUCGUUUAUUUGAUGCUUUUAGUCUCGUUAUUCCCACACGUCCUUUUACGUCCGACCACAGAGCUGCAGGCGUCUGUUACGUGUCUGUUACGUGUCUGUUCGGUGGAGCGUCUGUUACGUGUCGGUUCUGUGGAGCGUCUGUUUACGUGUCUGUUCUGUGUCUGUUACGUGUCGGUUCGGUGGAGCAUCUGUUACGUGUCUGUUACGUGUCGGUUCGGUGGAGCGUCUGUUACGUGUCGGUUCUGUGGAGCGUCUGUUACGUGUCGGUUCGGUGGAGCGUCUGUUACGUGUCUGUUUCGUGUCAGUUCGGUGGAGCGUCUGUUACGUGUCGGUUCUGUGUAGCGUCUGUUACGUGUCGGUUCUGUGGAGCGUCUGUUACGUGUCGGUUCUGUGGAGCGUCUGUUACGUGUCGGUUUGGUGGAGCGUCUGUUCUGUGUCGGUUCGGUGGAGCGUCUGUUACGUGUCGGUUCGGUGGAGCGUCUGUUCCGUGUCGGUUCGGUGUAGCGUCUGUUACGUGUCGGUUCGGUGGAGCGUCUGUUCCGUGUCGGUUCGGUGGAGCGUCUGUUACGUGUCGGUUCGGUGUAGCGUCUGUUACGUGUCGGUUCGGUGGAGCGUCUGUUCCGUGUCGGUUCGGUGUAGCGUCUGUUACGUGUCGGUUCGGUGGAGCGUCUGUUCCGUG